AUGUGUUCAGUCUUUCAGUGUGGCAGCAGGAGCAGGGCUGCAUGUCGAUUGACGGGUUGGGCGUGAGAACGUGCUGUCUGUAGAUGUCGACUGGACUUCCCUGCACACUGAAAAAGUGACGCCGAGGGGUCCUGACGAGCAUCCGUAUGUGACCGGGUUGUUUUCAAACUGCACACCUGAGAUGCAGAGACCGGAGUCCAUCAGAGGCCAGCGGGCGUCUCAGCACAGCGUGAUCUUCAUCAUCUUCAUCGUUUGUCUUCCAGCAGCUCGACUCCAGGACCUCCAUCAACAGUGUCCCAGCGGCUCCUGUAACCCCCCGCUCGGUGACCUGAUGGUGGGUCGAGCAGCUCAGCUGUCAGCCUCCUCCACCUGCGGUCUGGCUGGACCACAGAACUACUGCAUCAUUGGAUACCUGGAGGAGGAGCAGAAAUGCUUCACAUGUGACUCACGGCUGCCGUACAAUCGCUAUAGCAACCCCAACAGCCACCACAUUGAGAACGUCAUCACGACCUUUGACCCCGAGAGAAAAAUGAAGUGGUGGCAGUCUGAGAACGGAGUUCAUCAGGUCAGCAUCAGGCUGGAUCUGGAGACCGUGUUCCAGUUCAGUCAUCUGGUCCUCAGCUUCAAGAGUUUCCGUCCGGUGGCCAUGUUGGUGGAGCGUUCAAAGGACUUCGGACGAACUUGGAAAGUUUUCCGUUACUUCGCAGAAGAUUGUUCGCUUCAUUUCCCUUCAGUGUCGGAUCAGCCGGCUAACAGCAUCGACGACGUGGUCUGCGACAGCAGAUACUCCGGAUCAGAGCCAUCCACUGACGGAGAGGUGGUGCUGAAAGCUUUGGAUCCCAUCUUUGAAAUAGAAAACCCGUACGCAUCAAACAUCCAAGAUCUGAUCACCCUGACAAAUAUUCGUGUGAACUUCACUCGUCUCUUCACGCUGGGCGACACUCUGCUGGGCCGAAAGCGCAGGAACCCUCAGGACAAAUAUUACUACGCUCUUUACAACAUGGUGGUCCGAGGAAGCUGCUUCUGCAACGGACAUGCUAGCCAGUGUACGCCUGUGGACCGAGGGCGGGGCGACGUCUUCACCCAGACUGCCAUGGUUCACGGUCGUUGCGUCUGUCAGCACAACACGGCCGGAGAGAACUGUGAGAGAUGUCAGGACUUUCACCACGACUCCCCCUGGUGGCCUGGAGGACAAAACACAGCCAACGUCUGCAGGAGAUGUAACUGUCACGGUCACUCAGACUCGUGUCACUUCGAUGUCGCUCGUUUUGAAGCGACAGGCGGCAUGAGCGGCGGCGUGUGUGACAACUGCAAGCACGACAGGGCGGGGCCUCAGUGUGAACGGUGUCGACCUUUUCUGUAUCAGCAUCCACAGAGAGCGAUGGACGACCCGCAAGCCUGCAUUCCAUGUGACUGCGCUCCGGCUGGCUCUCAAGGCGGCGGCCUGUGCGACUCUCUGAGUGGUCGAUGUGUCUGCAAAGAAAACGUGGAUGGUCAACGCUGCGAUCGCUGCAAACAUGGCUUCUUCAAUCUGAGACAGGACGACCCAGCGGGCUGUCAGGCGUGUAGGUGUCAUGCUUUGGGAAGUGUCGGGUCAUGUGAUCAGCAGACAGGAAGUUGUGAAUGUGCCCGUUUGGCAGCUGGACCGUUGUGUGAUCGAUGUGUGGCCGGCUUCUGGGGUUUGGGAAACUCUGCGUUCAGAUGUUCACCCUGCGAAUGUGAUAUUGGAGGAGCUCACAGCACCGGGUGUUCCCCGGAGGACGGACAGUGUCACUGCUUACCCAAUAUGAUGGGUCGGCGCUGCUCUGACCCUGCCCCGGGGUACUUCCUGCCUCAACUCGACUACUUCCUGUAUGAGGCAGAGCUCGCCGCUCCGCUGCAUGGAAGAAGAAGCCCUUCUCCUCCUUCCACUCCUCCUACAACUUAUUUUUCAUCCUCUUCCUCUCUGAUGAACCCGGCUGUUCUACCAGAGUGUGAGCAGUACUUCAAGGAGCAGGGUUACGACUUUAAGUUCACUAACGGUCGAGUCGUUCUGAUUCGGAGGACUCGGAGGACUCGACGACUUGCCCGCCGCCGGAGGAGACAGGGACAGCAGGGCAGCAUCCCUCUCUACCCGGGUCAAGCCUUGCAGAUCAUUCCCCGUCAGAGAACAACCGGUCAGCCAAUCACCUGGACCGGCACGGGAUUGGUCAGAGCGCUGGAGGGGGCAGGGCUUAGGUUCACUGUGGACAACCUACCAUCAUCGAUGGACUACCAGCUGGUAAUUCGCUACGAGCCGGAGACUCCAUCUGAUUGGCUGGCUUCAGUCAGCAUCGUCACCGUGUCGCCGGGUAACGGUGGCUGCAGCAGCAACCCAACAGGAAGUAAAACCCUGAUUCUUCCGGGAAACUCCAGAAGUGCAGUUCUGGACUCUGCAGUGUGUCUGAAUGCAGGCGGUCGGUACUUUAUAGACGUUAUCUUCAACAAACAGCCCAGUCCUGGGGGCAGCUCACACAUCCUGAUUGAUUCAAUGGGUCUGAUUCCCAGAAUUGAGUCCAUCCAAGAUUUUUGCUCCCAGAGCGACCUCGACUCGUUCCGCCGCUUUCGUUGUGCCGGAUUGGCUGCCGACCUCGGCCCACAGGAGUCACUACCAGAAGUCUGUGAGGGACUCAUCAAGAGUAUGUCGGCACGAAUCCACAAUGGAGCCGUUCCUUGCAAGUGUAACGUCACCGGCUCUCUCGGACCAUCCUGCAGUAAACUGGGAGGGUUCUGUGAAUGUAAACCCAAUGUGAUUGGCCGUUGCUGUGAUACCUGUGCACCGCUGACAUUUGGCUUCGGACCCGAUGGCUGCAAACCAUGUGAGUGUGACCCUCGCGGUUCGGUGUCACAGCUGUGCGAUCAGGUCAGAGGUCAGUGUGCGUGUCGUUCAGAGAUAAGCGGUCGACGCUGUGAUCGCUGUCAGACCGGGUUCUGGGGUUUCCCGCUCUGUCGACCUUGUGAAUGCAACAGACUGUCAGAGGUGUGUGAUCAAGGGACCGGACAGUGUCUGAACUGCAGGGACCACUCCACUGGACCAAACUGUGACAGGUGUGUGGAGGGUUACUAUGGUAACCCUGUCUCCAGACAGCCCUGUCAGCCCUGCCUGUGUCCAGACAAUCAUAGCAGCGGACGAUUCUUCGCAACUUCCUGCCAACAAAAUCCACAAUCCCUCAGUAUAAUCUGUAACUGCAGGGAGGGGCACACAGGUCCAAGCUGCAGCAGAUGCCGCCCUGGUUUCUAUGGCAAUCUGGCGUUGCCAGGUGCCAGCUGUGGUAGGUGUCCCUGCAACAACAACGUUGACCCAGAUGACCGUAAUGCUUGCGACAGCCUGACGGGAGAAUGUCUGCGCUGCCUCCACAACACGAUGGGACCACGCUGCGGAGACUGCAAACCUGGUUACUACGGCAACGCCCUGGUCCAGGACUGCAAAGAGUGCUCCUGUGACCGACGGGGGACGGAGGUGACUCGGUGUCCUAUGGGGAGUCCCUGUUUCUGUGAUUCCAGGACGGGACAGUGUCCCUGCAGGACGGGGGUGGUGGGCGCCCUCUGUGACGAGUGUCAGGACGGAUACUGGAACCUGAACGGAUCGUCGGGAUGUCAACCCUGCAGCUGUGAUCCUGCGAACGCUUUCUCCAACGUCUGCAACAAGGUGACGGGACAGUGUCCGUGUCGUCCUGAGUUUGGAGGAAGACAGUGUGACGAAUGUGGAGAAAAUCAUUUUGGGAAUCCAGACCUGCAGUGUAUCUCUUGUGACUGUAACAUGGAGGGAACCAAACGUCCAUCGUGUGACCCUGAAACCGGUGAAUGUAACUGUCGGACUGGCGUCACGGGUAUUUUCUGUGACGAGUGCGCCCCUGGCUACGACUCGGCGUUCCCAGCCUGCAAGGAGUGUCACCCCUGCACUGCCCUCUGGGCCCGAAACGUCACCGAUGUCCAGAAAGCUGCCCAGAGGAUGAGAACCCUUAUCCCCGCCCGCGGCAUUGACCUGCGGCCCGGGGACAGUCGCCACCGACAACGGAUGCUGGAGAUGCAUUCCAAGCUGGACGACCUCUCCAACCUGACGGGACUGUCCACGCCAAAGUUGGAGAAGGCAGAGAAACUGAAUGCAAUGAUCAGGAAGCUUAAAGAUGCCAUCGACCCAAACAAGAUCCUGAUCAACCCGUCUCGGCUCCUCAACACCGAAAUCGACAACAUUUACAUGGAGUUCAAGAAGCUGCUGGACAAGCUGAAGGAGAAACUCACCGAGGUUCCGGACAAAGGACACAAAUAUCGGAAAGAGCUGCUGGAUGAGAUCCAGAAGCUUCAUAAAGCCUUCAUGUCGGACGAGAAGAGGUUGAGAAACGGCAGCAAAGCUGUGGAGGACUCCAUGGACACCAGACAGCGAAUCAAACGCAAACUGAGCAACUGCAGCAAAGGAAACCUGGCACUGCUGGAGAAGAAUGUCACAGACCUCAGCCUGGUCAAACUCAACCGAAUGAUCUGUGGAGCACCAGGUCUGGAGAACUGUUCAGGAUGUGGCGGAGCUCUGUGUAGUCUGGGUCUGGGGAAAAGGAAAUGUGGAGGUCCGAACUGUGACGGAGUCGUUCCUCUCAGCCAGAAAGCUUCAGAGACGGCAAAGAAAAUGAAGGACCAACUCACCACACUCCUGUCCAGACUGCAGGAGUCCAAGAACAAGAUCAAUGAUGCCAAACGGGUAGCUCAGGACACUAAAGUCAAGGCCAAACACCUGCAGGACCGGAUCAACAACAACACGGGCUCCUUCGAGAAAGACAAGAAUAAAACCAAGGAGCUCAUCAAGCGAGUCCAAGACUACCUGAAGGAUCAAAUGGUUCCUCCAGAGGACAUCGAGAAAGUGGCCCGAGCCGUUCUGGCCAUCAAGCUGCCACGAACACCUGAUCAGAUCCGAUCGAUGAUCAAUGCGAUCAAUAAUCUGCUAUCCAACAUCACUAAUUCCCAGGACAACCUGAAGAAGCUUCAGGAGCGCGCCAAGAUCGCCCAGGACCUGCUGCAGAAAGCUCAGGAACUCAAGAAUCGGACAAAAAACAUUAAUGCGACAGAAAUCAGCGAAGACAUUUAUAAAGCAGAGAAAGCUCAGAACAAAGCCAACGACGACCUGGAGGGGUCCAGCCGUGACAGAGACACGAGCAGACGCCGCGUCCAAGAUGUUGAAAAAAAACUGAACAACACCGAGACGAAGCUGAUGACUCGUCGACCUAAAAAUCUGCUGAAUGAGAUCAACGCCCUGAAAAAUAAAACCGAGCAGAACAGAAAGAUGGCGAGAGACGCCCGAGAGGCUGCGAACUCCGCUUUAAACGCCACCGACGCGAGAAAAGGCCUGGACAAUGUGACGAAGCUGUUUGAGCUUUUAAAGCAGAAAAGUAAGAAUCAGACAGCUCAGGGUGAAGCUGCAAAACAAAUUCAGAAGCUCAAGGAGCAGGCGGAGGCGAUGAAGAAACAGGUGGAGGACAAACUCAGACAGAUACAAGACCUGGAGAAGAAGAUCCGUCAGCUGAUCAAAAGUAAACAGGACAAAGCAUCUGAGGUCUCCAAGAUGCUGGAGACAGUGGAUUCACUUCGAAAAGAGAUCUCCAAACGAGCCGAAGGGUACGCCACCUGUACCUCAUAGAUACUGCUGAGUACUACAUACUGAGACACUGGUCCUCUUAAAUACUGCUGAGCACUACAUACUGACACAGGUCCUCAUAAAUACUGCUGAGCACUACAUACGGAAAAAGCUGGUCCUCAUAAACCAGUGGUUUCCAAACUUUUAGACAUGUAGACCUUUUAAAGAUCAGUCUUGUGUUUUUAUAUGUUUGUUUUAUUGACAACAAAAUCCCAUUAAACUACUAAAACCCACAGUGUGUUGAAUCUGGGGUUCCUCAGGGAUCUAGUUUAGGAUCCUUGUUGUUCCUGACUGACAUUGAGGACUUGCAUACUGUUUGUUAACUGACCUCCCGUGUUUGAUUUUCAGAUGACACUGUAUUGUCUCUUACUGUCGCAGAAAGCUUGCUGUCAGUCUGAGUUAACUGAAUCAUAUUAAGGCUUUAGCAUGUUAUAACCGCGGUGCAGAGCACAGCUUUGUGUAUGUGUGUGUUGUUUGUCUGCGGAUGAUUUAAGACAAAGUUCAACCAUUAAUAAAAUGGUGCUAUAUGACACAAAGAGAGAUGCCUAAACGUGAGCCUUUAUUGAAAACAUCAUCUAAAAAACACCUCACCUGCUGUGAUCACCUACGGCCCCAUGUUACUAUUAUUAUUAUUAUUAUUAUUAUUGUUGUUGUUGUCAUUGUUAUAAUUCCAGUGUAAUAGCUUCCCUUGUGUUACUGCAUGUUCUCUUCCUGCUCUCUCUCUCCCAGCAGCUGCUUUCUGCCUGUUAAAAGAUGUUCACUCAUGAUGGGAACUGUUGGGUCUCUGUGAAUCAUUGUAGACAGAACACAGUCUACUCUUCCUCUAUAUGAAAAGCGUUGUGAGAUAACUUUUGUUCUGAUUUGGUGCUAUAUAAAUAAAAAUGACUUGAC